UUGUGAAUUAGCCUUUUUAGGAGAAAUACAGACAACUUUAUAACAGGACUGAGCGUAAUUUUUUAACGGUAUACAAUGUUUAAAAUAUUUAACCCGUAUAUGAUGUUCGACAAGCUUUUUUGAACAAGGAAAUUCGGAAGGACUUCUGCCUUGAGGUCUAGCUUGAUGGAAUGAUAACAGUGACAAUCUUGAUCUUAAAUUGUUUACAAAACAAUCUUCUUUAUGUAUUUACUACUGAAACUGCCGCUGGAAAUAACUUUUCAAGUGCCUAGCAGUCUUAAGUACUGUACACAGAAACUACGCUGAAGAAGUUGGAAUUUCCUCGAUCCUCAUGACUGUCUCAUGAAUUGAUGUGGAUCUACUAGAUUGUGCAAGUGUACUGAAUGCUGUGGAAAGUGGGUACCAAGGAGUACAUUCUAUAGACAUGCCCAGGAUGACAUUACAAGAAAAGAAGAACUGGUUACUCCAAAGUUCAUGUUCAAUGAAGAUGCCUACAAGGACCCUUGUCUCCUUAGACCUUUGUAUGAAGGAUCCAAAGUAACUGUGCUGGAAGCUGUGACGCAAAAUUUAUAUGUGUUUUCAAGUAACCAUGGGGUGUCCAAAAAAGCGAUUUCAGAUGUACUGCAUAAUGAAAAGCAAACACUCCCAAAGCCCAACCACUUGCCUGCAUCGUUUGAGGAAGCCAGGAAUGUUAUUAAACAUCUUCUUAUCCCUCUUGUGAAGUACGAAGUUUGUAUAAAUGACUGCUUGCUGUUUCGAGGUGCACAUGCUGAUAUUGAUACCUGUCCAGAAUGUGGUGAGCCUAGAAGAGUCAAUGGACGUGUUAGGAAGACUUUUACCUACAUGCCACUUGGGCCAAGACUUGCACGGUGGUUUGGAACCUCAAAUUUGUGCCAGUUGUUAUAUGCCGAUAAGAUUAAAAUACGUGGAACGUUGACAGAUUUUACUGAUGGACUGCUAUACAAGUCCUGGUUUCAGGAAGGAGGUGUCUUUGAAGGCUGGCAGGAACAACUAUGUGUCCCUCUUUCCCUUUUCACUGACGGAGUGAAUCCUAACAAACAUUCAUCCAGUCAGAAAUCAAUGUGGCCGCUUAUUCUUACUUGGAUAAAUCUGCCUAGAAACAUCCGUCAAUUCCUUGGACCCAUGUUUUUAAUGGGAAUAAUUCCAAGUGGUAUAAAUGGGAGUGAGCCAAAGAAUUUGGAGCCAUACUUGGAAAUUUUGACAGAGGAGUUGCUUGGCUUGACAGAAUUUCCUGUAAAGACAUCGUACACUACAGCACCUGUAAAAGUAAAAGUGGCAUUGUUACAGUUUCUGUGCGACAUCCCAGCAUAUUCUAAACUUUUACAUCUGAGUGGUGCAGCUGCUUUAAGAUCAUGUCCGUAUUGCCAAGAGACUGGACACUAUUGUCAUUUCCUGAAGAAAACCAUUCAUUUGUCAAACAGAAGUUUCCUUCCUCUUAGUGACUCUAUGCGAGGUUCUUCUGGAUUCGGACUAAAAGAGAGAGACAGUAAUGUUCCUGUUUCCUACUCCUUUCAAGAGGAAAAACAACGAAGGGAAGAAUACGACAAACUGCCAAACAAACACCAGAAAAUGAAACACCAAAAAGAGACGGGGAUGAAAGGUACCUACACAUUCAUGAAACUUCCAUAUCAUGAUCGCAGAAAUCAAAUGCAACCAGACGGCAUGCAUACUAUUGCUGACUUUAUAAGCCAUUUAAUGGAUAUGCUUACUGGAAAACAUGAUAGCCCAAACAUCAGAAAUUGUGAGAAAAAGUUUGACAGAUUUCCAGAAAUAUGGAUUACGGCAAAUCCAAAUCCGAUGCCACCAGUAAAUUCUACAUUGCCAUCAGCCAAAUCAAAGGGGAAAAGAAAGAGAAAACGUAAUGAAGAAAACAUUGAUCCAGAAUGUGUCCUUCCCCCAACACCAUGGUCCCUCUCUAAGGAACAACUGAAACUUGCCGAUGAGAGAGCCUCCAUGAUUAAGUACAGUCUUUUGCAAGACAUAACUCCAGGCCCAGAUUUCACAAAGCCAUGGACGUUACGGACUAUGAAUUCUAAGCUUCAGUUUGUUACAAGUGGAGCUCUAGAGUGGUGCAUCAAAGGAUUCCUACCUGCAAAACAAGAAGACACCCUGCAGAAAAUGCUACAUGUUAUUAAAAGAAUUGUGUCACCAACUUUGAAAGAGGAAGAUUUGCCACAUCUGCAGAGAGAAGUCCAUUCAUCCUUAGCAUUAUUUGAAAGGGAUUUUCCACUGUCCAUGCAGAAUUUAGUCACACACCUCAUCCACCAUAUUGUUGAUGGUUUUUCAAUGUAUGGACCCCUCUAUGGGAGAUGGCUCUUUGCUUAUGAGAGGGCCAAUGGCUGGAUCACUCGCCAGUGUUUGAAGAAAGGUGCCGAGGAAUCAACAGUAAUGGAGACAUAUGCAGUGUAUGACUGGUGCAUGUACAUGGUGCUGAGUCAGAAGUUUGUUCCAUCAUCACAUUCAGAAGGAAAAAGUCAACUGAUGUCAGCUUGUGAAAACUUGGACAACUUGCUUCCUACCAUGUACAGUAUUUCCUCAGCAUCUGACAAGCAUAUUACCUUAACAUGUGACAUGAAGAACCAUAUGAACUGUUACUACAGAAGCGGAAUGAAUAUGGACAUUUUUCACUUUGAAGACUCUGUGAAAGAAACUCUGAGAUACAAAACUCGUGAGAGGAAGCUUUGUGCCAAAAGCCUAGCAUUGACAAAAAAUGGUAGCCUAGUGAAGAUCUUGAGCGCAACUCACACCAACUUGUUCGGAAACAUAAAUGUUUUUCUGGAACACAAUGUGAACUUUAACAUUCAGACAUGGGCUGUGAUAGACAUUUAUCCGCAGGCCGAGAAAGAAAAUGGAUUUUUUCAGACCACAAGAAAGACUGUAAAUCAGCGACUUGUACAUGUAAAUUUGCUUAGUGACCCUGUAGUGUUUGUGGAAAAGGACAAAGUAAUUCAUAUCUUGGAUGUUGCUUAAUUUGAUUAGAAUGUCUAAGGGUAACUGUGGUUAACUGAUGUGAAGUUGUAUUAAGUAUUAAUAAGAAAAUAAGAGUUUGAAUUUUGGAAAAUGCCUGAUUUAUACAUGGAAUGGUAUACAAGUUGAAUUCUGUUCACCAUAGACUGGUUUGCUAUUUAUC